CAGCUCUACUCUACAAUCAAUCUCUAUUCAUUCGCUGACCCUCAGCAAGCAGCCACUACCUUUCAACCGUUUUAACAACUCAAACAAACCAAAAUGCCCAAGUACUGGCGCGUCUGGUUCCCCUACUUCAACUCCAACCUCACCGACGAACGCGAUAUCCUCCACGCAAUGCUCUGCGAUAUCGACUCCCACCGCGUGAGAAUUAUGCCCGGCAGCAGCCGUGACAGAGAAGACGACUUCCUCGAGUUGCGACAUGGCAAUGUCUCUGAUUCUGUAUCCCAAUUCUUUAGACUUCCAAGAGAAGUCCGUGACGAUAUCUAUGCGUAUGCCAUCCCGGAAACAGAAAUGCAAAUAGUCGGCUCCAGAGAUGUUUCUGGUGUCGGUUUUGCCAGAGGAAUGGGUGAUCCUAGCGGCUUCUAUUUUCCGUUUAGAAGCAAUCUCGGCAUCCUCGCUGUGAACAGACAGAUGCGCAAAGAGGCACUGCGGCUGGUUUAUCGCAAGACAUCUAUCCAUCUGAAUGAUAUGGACGAAUUUAUCAAAUUUGCUCUCGAUCGGAAAAACCGGCCGCCAUAA